ACCUAUUCACUUUUUCGAUUCAAUAAAACCGUUGCGGCAAAUUUUUAAACCUUGAACCUCUACAUUCUUAUUCGCCGGUAACGGUGCACGACGAUUUCUUGCAUGAAAAGAAUAGAUCAAUUGGGAAAACCCCUUUAAAAAUCCUCAGUUUACGAAUUGCAUAGCAAGACAGCGUUUCUGACCAAACAUAAAGGGCUGAUUAUUCGCAGCUGCAACACGAUCCUUUCCAGAAGAUUAGAAACAGAAGGGAAGAAAGAAAAAAAAGUUUGGUGAAUCUCAAACAUUCCUCGGAUUAUUGACAGUUCGUGAAAAAAACAAGCAAACAAUCAGGACGGAAAUAUAUCACUCAAUUUAGGUAUUCAUAUUAGAUAACCCCGUUAUCUUAGGGAGAAAAAAAAAAAGAAGAGAUAAAAUUGGACAUAAACUUCUCGUGUUCUCUCUGUGACGUUGGAAGAUUUAAAAGCAGUUAAUUCUCUUUUUAUCAUCCCUUUCACAAUUUGUUGAGAGGCAUUUUGUUGUCGUAUUUCAUGAGAGAAAGCUAAAACUUCUGACCAUUCGUCGCCAAAGGAAGAGAAGAAAGAAAAACGGAUGUCAUUUUGGCUUAUUUCCUCCAUAUUUCCGGACUAUUUAUUUUGAAUUUAUAUGUGGAUUACUUGUUGACCGGGGCUGUUACACUGAGUCAUCAAAAAAUUGGGUUUUUCAGAAAUUUUAUGGAAUGGGUAACAGUAAAAGCCAGUUGACAAAAUCUGAAUUGCAAUAUUAUAAAGAAUUAACAUAUCUGACGGAGAGUGAAAUACAAUAUGCAUUUAAAAGGUUUAAAAAUCUACAGCCAAGAAUAUUGAACAAAGAUAAGAAUGCAAGGAUACCAGUGGAUCUCAUAAAGAGAAUGCCAGAGUUUCAGAACAAUCCGUUCAAGGAGAGGAUUUGCGAACUGUUCUCCUCCACCAACGAUGAUACCUGGUCUUUUGAAGAUUUCCUGGAUAUGGCUCCUGUAUUCAAUACUGAUUCUCCAGCCGAUAAGAAGGCAGAAUAUGCUUUCAGUAUCUAUGACGGAGAUGGUGAUGGUUACUUAUCAAGGGGAGACCUCAAGGACUUGAUAAAUUUGCUGACUGGAAGUGAUAAUUUGGAUGAGCAGGACAUCGAUGACGUCAUCGACAAAGUGAUGGAUGAAGCAGACAUUGACAAAGAUGGAAUGCUCUCUCCCGGUGAAUUCAAGCAUGUCAUCAUGAAGUGCCCGGAUUUUGCUAGGAGUUUUACAAUCAGGAUAUAAAGAAAAUUCGACAGAAUAAGCCAAACUUCAACUGUGAUAUGCAACUGCUGUAAUAAGCCUAUAAGUACAAAUGCAUCAUGUUAAUCUCACAUAAUAAAAACAAUGCGUCUUUCGAGAUUCAUAUUUUUGACCUCGGACAAGAAAAAAUAAGGUGUGAGUCCGUAUGUGCUGAGGGACUUACAUCUAAAGUAUCCCGACUAUUUCAAUAACACUUGCUGCAAUUUUUAAAAAUAUGAAUGAAUGCUGUGUAGCGCACUCAAAUGUAUAGAAAUAAAGUCCAUGG